UUCCAGCUCUUUUGGGAAGAGUGUCACGAGAUGAACAGGACCCAGCGCCAAUGUCGACUACAAGUUCAUGAGUUAAACUCAACCCUUGAAUCCACAAUAUCGGAGAAAUCCCACCUGGAUCUCUCCCGGAGAACCUGUCUCAGGAAUCUUUCUGAGCUCAACUCUAAUCUAUUCGAUCUUAAACGAAUCAACAGCGAUCACCGUCACCAGUUCUCUGAGAUGGAAACGAAGUACAGAUCUGUCAACGAAACCAAGACUCAAAUCUGUGAAUUGUUGACCAGCAGAAAAGGAGAGCUCACGUGUCCUCAGAACUGGAUCGGAAACGGAGAUCGGUGUUAUUUCAUAUCAUCCUUGGAGAAACCUUAUGAUGGAGCGAGGGAACAUUGUUCAAACUUUGAUGCAAGGCUCCUGGAAAUAAAUUCAAAGGAGGAAGAGGAAUUUGUUUCCAUCUCUGUCGGAGAAGAAUCCAGAACUUACUGGAUUGGAAAAUGUGGUGACGGGAAUGUGGCCUCUUAUGUUCUGUACGCGAUGUUCUAUGGAUCGCCCAACUGCAGUAAGUGUGACUCAUACAGUUACAUUUACAAUUGCAAAAGGAAACACAGAUUCAUCUGCGAGAAAUCGGCAUAUUUAUACCCGGAUAUUCCUGAAGAGAUCCAAGCUCUCUGUCAACAGCCUGUCGGGCCGACUUCAGUCAAGUGACUUCACCCCACUUCUCCCCAUUCAAUCUACCUCACCCUCAGUCCCCUAUCCUUUCAAGCCCACCCACCCUCUCAUCCCUUCCUUCCAACCCUAGUCUCCUCCUCUACUCAUAUCCCCAUUCUCCCUCACUGCUCUACCUC